AUGAGAGGUAGAAAGCCAAGGUGGUACAGUUUGACCAAGCCCUCAUGGAACAAAUACAAUCUCUUCAACAUCGCCAAAGCGAACCUGAGACAAGGUCGCCACGGUAGGACCUUCUUCCAGCAGAAAUGGGCCGCCAAGUCCAUGACCCGUGGCUACCACGGUGCCCAUAUCAAGGAGACGGACUGGAACCGCGCCUUCUCCCGCCGCCUCUUCUCCGCCGUAGACAUGCCGCCCGAGUACCUUGCCUCCUUCGACGGCUCAGAGCAGGCUGCCGGCCGCGGUUCCGGCUUGCACGCCGAGCCUGGCUCCAAGGACCGCACGCCCACCGCCGACAACUUCUCCCAGUACGAAAAGGAACGACAGCGCCGGGUCCGCGCGCUCAAAGCCUCUGCUGGUCAGGCCAGCCAUCCGGCGCAAAGAUAUAUCGGGAGGGACUCAAAGGGCCAGAUGCUGGCCCAGCCCAUCCACGAUAUGACGCCCUACAUGCAGAUGGCCUACGCGCCGCUCGAGAGGAGGCUAGAUGUUGCCAUCUUCCGCGCCAUGUUCGCUAGCAGUACGCUCCAGGCCAAGCAAUUUUGCACACACGGCGCCGUCAAGGUCAACGGCAAGCCGAUGCGUUACGGUGCCUACAAGCUCAACCCAGGCGACAUGUUCCAAGUCGAUGUCGACUCCGUCCUCUAUGCCACUGGCCGUGCCAAAACCCCCGCCCACGCAAAGUUCCUCGCUGGUGAGGACUGGGAGACCAAGAACGCCGUCAAGGACUCCAAGGAGGGCAAGAGCCGUAUCCUCGACCCUGAAGCCUCAGAACAGGCCGCAGCCGACACACCCGUCGAGGCUGAGGCCGAAGCCGCCGCCGAGGCAGCCGUCGAGGAGGCUGAGGCAGCCACUGCCGAGGGUGGUGAGGAUGCCGCCGCCGCGUCAACAGAAGAGAGCCAGGCCUCUGAGGAGGACCGCCGCGCCGCGCAUCACAAGCAGCUCAAGGCCCUCGUCCGCUCCGCAAAGUCUCUCAUCAACGACGGUGAGGGCCUCAAUCCUCGCAAGAAGCGUCAGCUCCGCGCCUUCAUGACGGAAGCCAAGCGCGCCAUCUCUUCCUCGGGCCGUGUGACCAAUGCCGAAGCGUCUUCCAACGACCCCAACGCCGUCAUUGACAACCUGUCAGCCAUGCUCAAGGACUUCAAGCUCGACGGCACCCAAGUUGAAGCCGUUCCCGCCGAGGCCGGACAACAAGCCGAGCAGCAGCCCAAGAAGCAGUCUGAGCACAAGGAGAAGGCCGCCACCGAGACCAUUACCGACCUCGUUUCCUCCAAGGAGGUCCGCAAGCAGAUUGACGGGCUAUCACGGGACGAGCAGAAGGCGCUGGCCAACCUGCUCCGCCGGGACGCCGAGAACCCCAUUGACGAGUCCAAGCCCUACUGGACCCCCUGGGAGCCGCGCCGCUACAUGGCGCCCUUCGCCUUCAUCCCUCGCUACCUCGAGGUGAACCAGAACAUCUGCGCCGCCGUCUACCUCCGCCACCCCGUCGCCCGCCGCGGCACGGCCGAGGUGCCCACCCCUUCCCUUACGAGACCAACCAGUUGGCCUUCAACUGGUACCUGA